GUUGUUCGCAAUGCAUGCCGGGUAGGUCAGCUUCAUUGAGGAGGGAGGGCGCCAUGUGCUUUUGAGGUAGAGUCGCUUGCGUAAAAAAAGCGAUUCGCUUUAGACAAACGAGGCCGCUCAUUGAAGAGCAACGCCGGCACUUGAAGAUUCCGGAUUACAUUUUAGCAUGUACUGCACCAGACGCUGCCUUCGAACGGUGCUGCGGGCUGCGGUGAGCCUCCACCGACAACAGCAGCAGCAGACGCCGGCGUGGUGCGCGCUGCGCCUCCUCAACACGAGUGCCGCCGUCUGCUCUGAUGCCUUGGCCACACCGUCGCUGGACGGCGCCCCCAAGCAGUACUCUCCCAAAAUCCAGCAGCUCGUCAGCGACAUAGCCAGCCUCACAUUGUUAGAAGUGUCGGACCUCAAUGAGCUCCUCAAGAAAACGUUAAACAUUAAGGAUGUUGGAAUGAUGCCGAUGGGGACGAUGGCUGCAUCAGCUGCUCCCGGACCUCAGGCGGCAGAAGAGGAGGCGCCGGUGAAGAAAGAGAAGACUCAUUUCACUGUCAAGCUAACGGAAGUCAACACGGCCGAGAAGGUCAAGCUCAUUAAGGAAGUGAAGAACUGCAUCCAAGGCUUGAACCUGGUGCAGGCCAAGAAGCUGGUGGAGUCUCUUCCUCAGGAGAUCCGCGCUAAUGUUUCCAAAGACGAGGCAGAGAAACUGAAAGCGGCUUUGCAGGCGGCGGGUGGCACCGUUGUCCUGGAGUAGACCGCGGCCCCCUUUUCUCUCCCACCCCGCCCUCUUGCACUUCGUCCAUUUUAAUUUUCGAAGAAAACUGUCUCCCUUCAUCUAUACUGCCUCUUCAGCGCCAGGGUGCACAAGUCAGACUGAACUUUUUACAAAUACGCCCCACGGUCGCCUCUGCCGACAUGUCUCACUUGCAUGUGCGGACAUUGAAAGAAAAGCUUUUCCGUUUGGUGGAGGGCACAGUUAAGUUUGUGUUACUAAAGGAAUUGUUGUCAUUAAAACUUGAAAUAUGAA